AUGUACCUUGUGAGCGAGGACACCCAAAAAGGCAGUCGCAGACCCAUUCAGAGUCACCAUCAUUCGCUCUGGCAGCUGGGUGACUGGCUUGAUCCCAACGCGCCGCCCGCCGAGCCAGGUCUAGCCAGGACGGACGGCACCCUCGUUGCGGACGCGUAUCUGGUUCACGUCACAGGCAUCGUCUCCCAGAUCGCAAGCAUCAUCGACCUUCCAUCUGACGCCGAGGACCUCGCCAGCGAGCACAAGCGCCUCAAGCAGCUCUUCCAGGACAAGUACAUCACCACCAAAGCAGGCUUCAUCGUCGCAGACUCACAAACGGCACUGGCACUGGCCCUUCUUUUUGACUUACACGACACCCCCGCCCAGCGCGAGGCUGCAGCCGCAAGACUCGCGCGACUAGUGCAGUAUUCCAAGUUCAGAGUGUCCACCGGCUUCGCUGAGACGGGGUGUCCUUCCUGGCUGUACCCCAUCCGCAUGGGCGCUACCACAGUCUGGGAGAGGCGGGACAGCAUGCUGGAAGAUGGAACGAUCAACCCGGGCGAGAUGACGAGCUUCAACCACUACGCGCUCGGUAGCGUCGCGAAUUGGAUGCACGCCGGCAUUGGUGGGCUGUCGCCGCUCGAUGCCGGGUGGAAGAGGUUCCGGGUUCGGCCCCAGCUGGGAGGAGACCUACGGCACGCCAGCGUGGAGUUUUUGAGCCCGUACGGCUUGAUCCGGAGUCGGUGGGAGAUUUGGGCGGAUGGGAGGUUCGCGUUGGAGGUGACGGUGCCGCUGAACACGUCUGCUGUGGUUCAUUUGCCGAAUGGUGAGGAGGAGUGGACGAUUGGGUCCGGGUCUCAUGUGUUCGAAUUCGAUCUUGCUCCGGAACUGCGGGAGGCGUUGGCCGCGUGGCCGGCCGCCCAAGACUCUGUUGACGCAAUUUGGACUGUAAUGUCUUUUGAGCUGGCAUAA